AGCUGGUCAGAGAGUUACCUAUAUCCCAGCAUUCGACGUAGUCCGCGACUCGGUCAAGUCAAUGAAUUCACACAACGCAUCAAACGCACUUAAGUCACUAGAGUGGACCCGAUCUACCCAACCACCUAACACAUCCGAAUCCCUAAUAAACAUUACACUCGCGUUUAAGUCCGAGUGACGCAAGUGACUUAAGUCCACUUGCAGUGAGGUGCAACAGGUGUUUGAUACGUGGGUGUUUUUUUUUCUCUCGUUUCGUUUCUUUCGAUUGUGAAAAAUGAACGAACUUGGUGACCGCGUCAGCGACGCGCGAUUAUCUCGUCGAUUACUUAAGCUAAGAUGAAAACAAAUGGAAAUCUUUAGCUGGCGAGCAAGAUGGACCCGUUAUCGGCUGAUAUGGCGCUGCAUUCAAUUUUCGGACGCGGGGGUGACUUUGUCGGCGGGAUCGACAACGAAGCCCUUGAUUUCUCGCAGCUGGAGGCGUUCAUCAACAGUGAUAACAAUCCAGCGAGUGGGAAUUACUUCACGGAUUCUCUGAAUAAUCCUCAACAGCAGCAAACGCAACAGACGCUAGCGCAACCUGCCGGGAAGUUAUUGAAUGUCAUCGUUGAGAAUAAACGCACGCCAGGACACUCAUUGCCUGAUUCUCCACCGGAUUCAAGCUCUGAACAUCCCUACAGUCCAUCAGAGACAACAGAUGCUAAUGCAUUACAACAACAACAACAAUCACCGCAGGAUGCGAUCUACACCACGCUGCAACAAGCAAACAUCUACAAACCGCAGAUUUUGAAUCCGAUCAUCAGUGACAAUCUCAUCCUUGGUUCGCAUAUUGUCGUUAGUGAACAUGGGGGCGCUGCUGCCGAGGCAGGCGGUAUGUUAUCACAAGACGCGCAGAUUCUCGUCGGCGAUGAACGAUUACUACUCGCGCAGGACUACGAUAAGAGUCUGAUGCAUUUAGGGUAUGAUAUGAAUUUACAAACGCAUCAGGAGCAACAAGUUGUCCAACAACAACAACAGCAACAGGAUAUAUGCGAGCAAGCCACGGGGCUGGAUGGAAUUGUUUAUACGAAUUUACAGAAUGUACAGAGUGUUUCCAAUGCCAGCGGGCAUACGAAGAAGAAGAGGAAGCAUUCACAAGAGAAUAUCGUCAAGAAUGAACCUGAACAUUGUUCUCCAGGACAGAUGAGUCCACCUUCCAAUGUGAAUACAUCAGUGGAUGAUGAUUACGCCGCUUCGGAGUCUUGUUUAUCCGAUUCGCAGUAUCAGUGUAUCAGAUUCCAACCGUUCCAGCAGCCAUCUUGGCAUGUGCUGUGUGAUCAAAACCUUUCGGAGCUUCCCAACCCGCAUUAUCGCGUCGAUGCUGAUAAGGGAUUCAAUUUCUCCAACUCGGAUGAUGCUUUUGUGUGUCAGAAAAAGAAUCACUUUCAGAUAACUUGUCAUGUGCAACUGGUGGGUGAUGCCCAAUUCGUGAAAACCCCCGAAGGAUUCCAGAAAAUCUCCUCGUUUCACUUGCAUUUCUACGGAGUGAAACACGAUUGCCCCACGCAGACGAUCCGCGUUGAGCAGAGUCAAAGCGACAGAAGCAAGAAACCCUUCCAUCCCGUGCUUUUUGAUCGCAGAGUGGAGCUGUUGAACGCACAAGUCACCAAGGUCACAGUCGGCCGGCUGCAUUUCAGCGAGACCACAUCGAAUAACAUGCGCAAAAAAGGCAAACCCAAUCCGGAACAGCGCUACUUCCAACUUGUAGUCGGUCUACACGCACAUACAACACACGGAAAUUAUCCCAUAGUCUCGCACGCAAGUCAGAAAAUCAUUGUACGAGCCAGUAAUCCCGGCCAGUUCGAAAGCGAUGUGGAACUAUGCUGGCAAAAGGGCCAAACCGCCGAUAGCAUCUACCAUUCAGGUAGAAUCGGCGUGAACACAGACCGCCCGGAUGAAUCACUCGUGAUUCACGGAAAUCUAAAAAUAACCGGGCAUAUUAUCCAGCCGAGUGAUGUCCGCGCAAAGAAAAACAUUGUCGAAUGCGACUCGCAGGAACAACUGCGUAAUGUGCAGAAACUCCGCGUGGUACGAUACGAUUACGAGCCGGGAUUCGCCGCGCAAUUAAACCGUGCCGGGCAUUGCGAUACAGGCGUCAUCGCUCAGGAGGUCGCUAAAGUCAUACCGGAAGCCGUGCGACCCGCCGGGAAUCUCAUCUUGGAAAAUGGCGUCGCUAUCGAGAAUUUUCUAGUCGUGAACAAGGAGCGUAUCUUUAUGGAGAACGUCGGGGCUGUCAAAGAGUUAUGCAAAGUCACCGACAAUUUAGAGACACGGAUUGAUCAACUGGAGAGGAUCAACAAACGUUUAGCCAAGUUUAAACGCACAGAUAGUAUGAAAUCAUCAACGAGUCAAGCAAUAAACGACCGUAGAGCAAAAACAACAUCAUCUUCAUAUCAAGACGAGCAAAUCUGUUCGAAUAAAAUGAUACAGAUUGUUAUUGUUGUUUUGGUCCUGGUGAUGGCGCUGUGUCUCGCCGCCAUUACAACUUUAUACUUUUUGGAAACCUCCAGACAUAAUCAACUCACACAGGCGAGUUUACAAGCGGUGCAGCGGACGUUAACAACACUCAGUCCACCGAAUAAUAAAAAACUACGCACAUGGCAGCCUGUAAUUGAUCUAUCCACGACAAUAGUCUAUAAAAACUCAAUUAAUCCGGUCCUGGAUUAUCCCAAGCCUGGGAAAACACUCGGGAGACCUGCAGAUUGCACGCUGGAAGAUGACAUCAACGCGAGUCCUAGUCCAUGUCCUGUUUACUGUUGCCUACCGUCAAAAUUCGAAAAAUUGGAAAAACUAGACAAGUUGGAUUCAAGUGAGCUAGGCCCGCUUUUUGAUAACAACAGUCAGAAAACUCUGCCGACUAUGCAAACGCAGCACAACUUGAAUAAAAACAAGAGUGAUUUGAUCAACAUUGAUAAGAAUCGUGUCCUCAAGGCGUUUCAUAGUAAUAACAUUGAUAAAACACGCCAGAAGCGCGAUGAUGAGUGGACGGAUCGUGAUAAUGGCUACGACGCCAUUGAUGACUUGCAUUUCACCAUCACGAUGCAAGGGAAAUACUUCAAUGCGACUCUGACGGAGAGUUAUCUCUCGCAGGAGAGCACCACGUACAACUACACUUAUAUCCUGCCUAUCUCGAAGUAUAUGCCGGAUGAUUACAUCACACUGAUUUUUCAGUCAUCACAGGCACAUCUAAAGGAUAUUGAAUAUUGUGUGAAUAGUUUUCGACAGCAUUCAUGCCCGUGGAACAGUUUAAACUUCGAGGAUGCGAAGUUAUUGCGUAAAAUCAAUGAGAAUGUCCCCAGUCAAUUGAUCAACUCGCAGAGCGUGAUGUUUGACGUCGAUUUGAUUGGAUUUCAGUCGAAGUUGAUGACUUAUCGUGCGUCACUCAAGCAGAAUCAGAAUAAGUGUAAGCUGACGCCGACGAAGCUUGGCAUUGAAUUCACCGAAUACAACUUUCUACUUUAUCGACAUUGCGACGAAUAGUUUCUUAUUUAUUCUAUUGACAUGCAAUCGAUCUCAUUUAUUAUCAACAAAAUUUGGAUUUUCAACUCUCUCGCAGAAACAACUCAUGAACAAAUUUAUUUAUUUCUCUAUACCAGUGGCGCACGAAACACGAACAAAAUGAUGGAGGACGUACUUAAUACUAAUUUAUGUAUUAUUAAAUACAUUCAUGUAAUUGAAAUGUUUGUAGGAAUAUCUGUAGGGCGGUAAAUUUGUAAAAUUGUAUCAUACACAUCUCUCUCUUCGCAUUAGUUUAAUAUAGUUUAUCUAUUAGAUCGGUAAUAUUUAAGGUUAAGAGACAAGAGAAAUUCCAAAUGAAAAACAUCACAAACAUAUCUUAAACUUGUUAGCAGUCAACGAGCUGAAUAGAACAAAACAAAAUGAAGAUUAUAAUAUAAUUAAUAAGUAUUGUAAUUAAUGCAAAUAAAUAUGUACCGAGGAA